GUACUAACACAAGACUUCAGGCUAUUGUCAUUGAGGAGAAAGAGGUGGUCUACAAACAGUUUCCAAUCCCUCUCAUCAACAGGCUUGAGAAGCACUAUCUGGACAUCCAUACCGUUCUCAAGGAGGAACAAAGAGCAGUUGUUGUGGAGUUGGAGAAAUGGGUUGGGCAGUUUGUGGCCCUCAAUAAYCAACACUCCAUGGCCCCCCAGAYAUACAAGUACCUWCCUCCUGACGUUUUCAUUGGCUACCAUUCCGACACGUGUGCUUCGGUGGUCCUCCAAAUGACAGAGAAACAAAGGGGAGAGACAGACAUUUCCGACCCCCAAAGAAGAGUCCUGGACGAGGCCAAACUGAUCCUUCUGAACUGUGCCACUCCGGACUCGGUGGUUCGGCUGGACUGCACUGGUCUCCCCAGGGUGGAGAGUGAACAUCUGGCCAGGAUCUACUUUGAGGACCAGAAGCACAGCUCUUUGGCCGACUUCAUCUUCUCUCACACUCAACAGGGCGAGCAGUGCCAUUCCUCCUUCACAGAGGUGACUACCUUUUCCAGACUUUUAACAGCAUCAGAUGUUGGACCACUGGAAGAGGUCGUGAACAAUGUCGAGCUUCUCUCUCUUCAGCAGUUUGACACGGAGCACUCCUUCCUCAAGAAGAUCAGUCAUUUCCUCACAUCUGGAAAUGGGAGGGAGAAUACAUCUGGCAACAAAAUACUGAUCAUUCAGUCAGAUUUUGAUGAAGCGUCGCACAGUGCAAAUCUCAUUGCCUCCGCCAAAUAUUCUGCCAUCAAUGAAAUCAACAAAUCAAGGCAAGAGGAGAUGGGAGGCAAGGUCUUCGUCUACUUCAUUACUAAAUUGCCGAGAAUGGAAGGAGGGACAUCCUAUGUCGGAUUUCAUGGAGACCCCUGGAGGUCGGUUCAUAUUGAUGACCUCAGAAGAUCGAAAGAUAUUGUGUCAGAUAUCAAAGCCUUGAGAAACCUUACCAUCAGUCAACUGUUUGAGGAAAAAAGGAUGAGCCUGAAGCUAUGGAGGUAGAUGACAUGUACACUGAGACAGAGCAACAGGAACAUGAAGACAAACAAGCUGGGGGAGUGUUGUGGACACCACGGCGCUGGUACGUA